AUGCCCGGAGCCGCUGCCGCUGCCGCCGCGAUGCUCCCGGCUCAGGAAGCUGCCAAGCUGUACCACACCAACUAUGUGCGGAACUCGCGGGCCAUCGGCGUGCUCUGGGCCAUCUUCACCAUCUGCUUUGCCAUCGUGAACGUGGUGUGCUUCAUCCAGCCGUACUGGAUCGGCGACGGCGUGGACACCCCGCAAGCCGGCUAUUUCGGGCUCUUCCACUACUGCAUAGGCAACGGCUUCUCCCGGGAGCUGACCUGCAGGGGCAGCUUCACGGACUUCUCCACGCUGCCCUCGGGCGCCUUCAAAGCCGCCUCCUUCUUCAUCGGCCUCUCCAUGAUGCUCAUCAUCGCCUGCAUCGUCUGCUUUACCCUCUUCUUCUUCUGCAACACGGCCACCGUGUACAAGAUCUGUGCCUGGAUGCAGCUCACCUCCGCUGCCUGCCUUGUGCUUGGCUGUAUGAUUUUCCCGGAUGGCUGGGAUUCAGAUGAAGUAAAACGGAUGUGUGGAGACAAGACAGACAAGUACACUCUUGGGGCCUGUUCCGUCCGCUGGGCAUACAUCCUGGCAAUUAUCGGAAUCUUGGAUGCGCUGAUCCUCUCAUUUCUAGCAUUUGUGCUUGGUAACCGACAAGACAGCUUGAUGGCAGAGGAACUGAAGGCAGAAAACAAAGGUAAGAUUGCUCUGGGGAACUUUCGUGGGAUAUUGAAGUCCUCAAUAAUAUUAUCCCUUGUUCUUCUUAUUGAAGAAUUUAAUGGAAAGAAAAUUUGA